ACUAAAAAACCCAUGUCUCCAAAUCCAAACCAAUCACUUUAUAAAUAUUGGAUAGCUUCACCCAAUCCCUCCAAACUCUAAGAUCCUAUAGUUCCUCUGCAACUAACCUAUCUCUGAUAGAAUUACAGAGAGAAAAAAAUGAAGGAGUUUUGGACAUCUCUGGCUUCUUUGAUGGGUCUCUUGGCUUUCUCCCAAGGAAUCCUCCAUGCCAUAUUCCCACCAGAGCUUCGCUUUGUCCUACUCAAGCUCUUGACCCGUGCCUUUCAAUGGUUCUUCUCUUACUGCUACUUUGACAUCACAGAGAUCGAUGGUGUCAACACAAACGAGCUCUACAACGCAGUUCAGCUCUACCUCAGCAGUUCUGCUUCAAUCACAGCCAACCGUUUGAGUCUCACUCGAGCCAGGAAUUCAAGUAACUUCACAUUUGGUCUAUCAAACAACGAAUGCUUGAUCGAUACCUUCGAUGGCGUCACAGCAAGGUGGGAACAUGUGGUCACACAGAGACAAUCUCAGACCUACGCAUGGAGACCUCUCCCUGAUGAGAAGAGAGGCUUCACUCUUCGAAUCAAGAAGAAAGAUAAGGCCUUGAUCCUUGAUUCUUAUCUUGAUUACAUUAUGGAGAAAGCCAAUGAGAUCAGAAGAAAGAAUCAAGAUCGACUUCUUUAUACAAAUUCUCGAGGUGGAGCUCUUGAUUCGAGGGGUUAUCCAUGGGAAGCUGUGCCCUUCAAGCACCCAAGCACAUUUGAUACAUUGGCCAUGGAUCCUGCAAAGAAAGCUGAGAUAAUGGCUGAUCUUAGAGUCUUCUCUGAUGGGCAAUCGUUCUAUCAGAACACAGGUCGAGCAUGGAAGAGAGGGUACCUUCUAUAUGGUCCUCCUGGUACAGGGAAAUCAAGUAUGAUUGCAGCCAUGGCUAAUUACUUGGGUUAUGAUAUCUAUGAUCUGGAACUCACUGAAGUGCAUAACAAUUCAGAGCUUCGGAAAUUACUGAUGAAGACUACUUCAAAAUCGAUAAUUGUUAUCGAAGACAUCGAUUGCUCGAUUAAUCUCACCAAUCGAACUAAACCUAUAUCUGCUGCCGGGAGAGAUCCUCUAUCACCAGACCUUAGAGGUGGUUCAGGUGAAGAUGGUGGAACUUCGAUUACACUUUCGGGUUUGUUGAAUUUUACAGAUGGGUUGUGGUCUUGUUGUGGGAGUGAGAGGAUUUUCGUGUUCACCACGAAUCACAUUGAGAAGCUUGACCCUGCAUUGCUGAGAAGUGGACGUAUGGACAUGCAUAUCUAUAUGAGUUUCUGUUCUUUUCCUGCAUUGAAGAUUCUUCUGAAGAAUUACUUGGGAUUGAAUGAAGAAGAGGUGGAAGAUGAGAAUCUGAAGGAGUUGGAGGAGGUAAUUGAUGAAGCCCAGAUGACCCCAGCUGAUAUUAGUGAGGUUUUGAUCAAGAAAAAAAGGGAUAAGGGGGAAGCUCUGUCUGACUUGUUGGAGGAAUUGAAGAACAGGGCUGAAAGAAAUCGUGAACAAAUGGCUGCAAGGGAGAAGAAUUCAACAGAAAUGGAAGAGGAGGAACAGGAGAAGAGAGCUUUGGAAUCUCCAAAGGAGGGUUGUGAAAUUCCAGAAAAGUGUAGCAAGGGAGCAGAUGAAGAUCAGAAGGAGAAGCUGAACUGAUAAGAGACUUUAAUUGAAUUCUUUUUUGUGCAGAGAGAUAAGAUCAUAGAGUAGAUGGAUAAAGGGUUGUUGGGAAUUUCAAAUUUCAAAUUUUAAUGGUGGAAGGAUUUGUCAGUGUUGUAAGAAUAGGUUAGUGUAGAAAGCUUCCCCUUACUUCUUUUUAAUUUUUCUUAGCUUACAUGUUCUCUUUUGUUUGAUUCAA